GGAGCUGUAGUCCGGGCCGGGUCGGGUCGGGCGGCGAUGGCGGGCCUGGAGCUCCUCUCCGACCAGGGUUACCGGGUGGACGGCCGGCGGCCGGCCGAGCUCAGGAAGGUCCGCGCCCGCAUGGGCGUCUUCGCUCAGGCCGACGGCUCGGCCUACAUCGAGCAGGGCAACACCAAGGCGCUGGCCGUGGUGUACGGGCCGCAUGAGAUCCGCGGCGCCCGCAGUAAGGCCCUUCACGACAAGGCGACGGUCAACUGCCAGUACAGCAUGGCCACCUUCAGCACCGGCGAGCGUAAGAGGCGCCCUCACGGUGACCGCAAGUCCACUGAGAUGACCCUCCAUCUCAAGCAGACCUUCGAGGCUGCCAUCUUAACUCAGCUUUAUCCGCGAUCCCAGAUUGACAUCUAUGUGCAGAUUCUUCAGGCGGACGGGGGGAAUUACUGCGCCUGUGUGAACGCAGCGACGUUGGCGGUGAUCGACGCGGGCAUCCCCAUGCGCGACUAUGUGUGCGCCUGCUCCACGGGCUUCAUCGAGGACACCCCCCUGACGGACCUCAGCUACAUCGAGGAGUCGGCGGGGGGCCCACAGGUAGCCCUGGCCCUGCUCCCCAAAUCCCAGCAGAUCGCCCUGCUGGAGAUGAAUUCUCGGCUCCACGAGGACCACCUGGAGAAGGUGGUGGACGCAGCGGUGAAGGCGUGCCAGGAUGUCUACACCGUGUUGGACCGUGUGGUCAGGGAGCACGUGCAGGAGGUCACCUCGCUGGCCGGUGAAUGAGGCUGCGGGCGGGACGGCUCAAUGUUUGUCUCCUGGGGGGGGUGAAUAAAGAUUUUGUACCGAAA